CAAAAUUUUGUUAUCAUUCGUAGAUAACUGUCAUAUUUUAUUGAAAUUCUGAAGUUAUUAUCUUUGGUUAUCAUUUGCAGUAUACAGAAAUGUAAGCACAGCGUAUAAUAAUCUCAAAGUUACAUUGAUAAGAUAAAGACAUUGCCAAUAAGUUAAACCAUACAAAUACUUGUUUAUUUCAAAAUGAGUACGAAAUAUAGUGAUGGUGAAUUAAAUAUACGUCGCGCUAAAAAGGACGAUAUGACUGCUGUAGCCGAAAUGAUACAAGAACUUGCCGAUUUUGAGAAAAUGCCAAAUGGUCCCAAGUUAUCUGUGACAGAUUUAAAACGUGAUGGGUUCGAAUCACAGCCGCCUGCAUUUCAAUGUCUUGUUGCGGAGGUUUCUGGACGGGAUAGUAAUGUAAUAGUGGGCUAUGCUCUUUAUUUUCCUACAUAUUCCACGUGGGAAGGUAAAUCUAUGAUGCUAGAAGAUCUUUACGUACGCACAAGUGAACGUCGUCGAGGAGUCGGUGAUAAAUUAUUUAAUGCUGUUGCAAAUGAAGCAAAGGCAUCUGGUUCAUCUAGGCUAGACUUCCAUGUUUUAGAAUGGAAUGACGCUCGGUCCUUCUAUGAAGGAAAGGGAGCUGUGAACUUAACAAAAACUGAGCAGUGGUGCUACUACCGGCUCACGGGGGAGUCGUUACAACGAGCGGCGCUACAAGGAAAAAUUAAAUGAAACCAGACUUUAAGUGCAUCAAUAUAUUUGAUAUAGAUAGAAUUUUACAUCACAUUCUCAAUACGUUUAUAGCAAUAAUUUGAAAUUUUUUACACUCGUUCAAAAUAAAGUUUUGUAAAAUGCA